AUGUAUUAUUGGUACGAUGUUCGAGGACACGCAGAGAACGGCGAACAGACCACGUGGGUGUGGGACCAGAACCAGAUUGACUAUGUCCAGCAUAACGUCUCUGGCCAAGUCAACGUCGACAAGGAAACACUCAGCCUCGCGCUAGUCACCAUGGGAAACUAUAUCCUUGAGAUGGCAGCACGGCGACACCAUCGUCCGUACAGUGUGUUGCAGCAAGGCCAGUGGGCUGCUAUGCUUGAUCAGGUCCGCCAGCAAUUCAUCGACAGGUUCGAUUGGCAGCAUUUCGACGUAGCUACCAUGCCCACACAAUGGCGGGACGAACUUCGCGACUCAUCGCAGGACAUGUUCAUUCCGUUUCUGGGUUUGCACAGAGACAAUGUGACCGUCAAUCUUGCGGAUUGGGCGCCAUACCAGCAGGACCUCAUGAUUUUGUUGGAGUACCUGGCAUAUGCUGCUUGGGCAGAGGAGCGGAGACGGAGCGAAGAACGGGAUUCUCAUAUGGUGGAUAACGAUGAGUAA